AUGAAUUAAGACACGACCAAUGUGAUUUUAGUUGUGAUCACUAAUAAAGCAAAUAAAACUCUCGGACAUGACAAGUAUUUCAAAGUAUUCAGUCAAUUCGGUACUAUUCAAAGAGUAAAAAUGCAAUAACUUAUAUAGAUGCUCAUUUUUGAAAGAUCAUUAACAUGGAAGACAUUUAUUGAAUUUGAUAAUCCAGAAUCUGCUAUUAAAGCAAGAUAAAUUAUGAAUGACAAACCCUUUUGUGAUGAUACAUAAUUAACAAUGAAUGUAUAUGCAAGUAAGCUUACAUACAUCACAUUUUAAGAGAAUAAUACUGGGGGAGUUGGUAUGUUCUUAUAUUUUACAUAGAUUACACUUUAUUACGUAAGUAAUAAUAGCCGAUUGCAAAACCACCAUAAUAGCCAAUCCCAAUAUAAUUUCUAUAAUCAUAAAUGCAAUUUCAGCAUCAGAUGUCAUAAUAGAUACAAUAAAUAAACUCUUUGAUGGGAUAAUUAUAAUAAGUAAGUGCUGAAGGAUUUUCUACAACAAUGAAUACUUCAACUGAUUUAUAGUCACAAAUAGAAAAACAAUAGUAAUUACUUAAUUAAAUAUAUGAAUAUUAAGCUAAUUUCUAACAUCUUACUGAUUAGUAUCAAACUUUUUUGUAGGGUGUUAAUAAAUAAGAAGAAACAUAAUCAAUCAGUGUCUAAUCCAAGUAAUCAAAUCGGAAGAAAUUGACUUUGCCUGCAGAUUAAAAAAAGAAAAACGAUUAAAUAGAAUUUAUAUAAAGUUAUAGAGAAAACAAUACAGAAAGCUUAUUUAAUAGUUAAGAAUAGAAAAUUGAUGAAGAUGACUUAAAUUUUUAAGGAUUGGGUUUAAGAGAAUCAGAUAAUGAAAUUGUUGGAUCUGAAAAUUGUGAUGAUGAUGAUGAUGGAGAUGAAGAAUAAAAUGAAUUUCUAAAAUAUUUUGAUCAUAACUCUGACAGCAAAUAAAUUCAUAAUUUUUAAAAUACCUAGUAAUAAUAAUAAUAAUAAUAAUAAUAAUAAUAAUAAUAAUAAUAAUAAUAAUAAUAAUAAUAAUAAUAAUAAUAAUAGUAAUAAUAGUAAUAAUAGUAAUAAUAGUAAUAAUAGUAAUAAUAGUAAUAAUAGUAAUUCUUAUCCUAAUAAUAAUAAUCAAAUCAAUCUUAAACUUCAUCUUAACCAACCUCAGCAUCUAAUUUAGACUAAUUUAAAAAUAAAAUUAUUAGGAUGCCUGUAUCUAAGAGUUAGACUUUAUAAUAAGUAGAAAAACAAUAAUUAGAUAAAAUGCAAUAAAGUGCUGAUAAAAUAGAAGAGUAUAUAAAUCCAAAAUUUUUACAAUGUAUUAAAAAUAUUAAUAUAAUAGCUGUGAGAAAAUCUA